AUGAGUGCGAUCCCACUAGGAUGCUUUACGGCGUUUAUGUCUUUGGUCACCCUAGGAUGCUUGAUCGUCGGUGGCAUUGGUAUUACAAUUGUUGAGGGCGGUUUUGCCAUAUUAGGCUCUGCGUUCUUAUUGCCAGCGUUGGGUGUGGCAUUGUUGAUAGCAUGUGGUGUGGGUUUGGUAGCCCUUUUCGCCUAUACUGCCUACACUGUGAUCUGCUAUGUGAUUGCCUUCUUCCGGAUCGCACCCGAUUCGCGUGAAGUUCGACGCCAGGCUUCAGAAAUGGCCGAACGAGGAAAAGAAAGGGCCACCCUGCUCACAGGCAUUACUCCCUAUCAAAUGUAA